AUGGUUAAAAGUGAAGAGCCUGGCCUUAUUAUUGGCAACUAUAGUCUUCUACAGCUAUUGGCUCUUCCACAGUCAUCUAGCUCCCAACAUUCAAUUCAGGAUAUUGCUAGGAGCUCUCCCACUGCAAGCAGCCCCCAAGAUCUACUGAAAGGACUGCAGUCUCCAAGAUCAUCAAGAGAUGUUCCAAUGAGUGGAAUGUCUAUGCCACAUAGCUGCAAUAUGUUGGGAGCCUCUAUACAUAGUGAAGCGGGGUAUGAUGGGAUGCCUUGUCAAAGUAGUAAGGAUGGUAAUGGCCAAGUAGCAGCUCUAAUGAGGAACAGUGGCAAGCUUCAUGAACAAGAGAUCUUCAUAUUCUCUAACUAA